AUGAAAGCUGUAAAAAUGUUCACGAUGAAGAACGAACUGGCCGACCAUCUUUGGCCCGCACACAGCAAAUGUGACGAAACNAAAUCAUUUAUGGGUGGCCAGAACUUCAACGAAGAUGAUGAGGUGAAAAAGGCUAUUAGCGCAUGGUUACAAUCACAGGCGUCAUCUUUCUAUGAUGAAGGGAUACAAAAAUUAGUACCUCGAUAUGAUAAGUGCUUAAACAACGGUGGUAACUAUGUUGAAAAAUAA